UUCAAUCUUGAUCUCAGACUUUUGCAGCGUCAGGGGCACAACCAGCCAACCGUCUCUGUUACUUCCUAAGAGUUACAGCCGGGACAUCUGCAUAUACUCCUAUCUUUGGAUUUGUUGUCAACUUUUACCCCUUCUUCUCCUCCUUUUCCCUGAUUUUCUGUUCCUCCUCGCCCUUCGUGAGGCUGUCACUCGGUGUUUGUGCAGCCCUCUCUCCCAUCGGCAUCGGGGAGGAGAAGAUAAAGCUCCUCGGUCCUCUGAUCCUAACAGUUUAUUUCCUCCUUUCUGAUCCUCCGGGCUGCAAAGCGGAGCUGAAGCCUUAUCAACAGGUCUCCGCGCUUCACGUCCAGACAGCUUGGGAGAGGCCGGGUUUUCUGGUCCAGUCUGACCCGUGUUCUUAUGGAUAUCGCAACAGGUCUGGUGUCGGUGGAGCGCCUUUCCGCUGGGGGACAGUCCGAGACGCGCAUCAUGCUGGACGGCAUAAAAAUAGAAGAUCAUCCGCUGCGAUCGGGACAAGCCACGCUGGGAGUCCUGCUUGGCUCCGAGUGCCACCACAGGUCCGUGUGUGAAGGAUGCCAGCGUCCCAUCUCCGACCGCUUCCUUAUGAGAGUCAACGACUCUUCGUGGCAUGAGGAGUGUUUGCAGUGCACCGUGUGUCAGCAGCCUCUCAUCACCAGCUGUUACUUCAGAGAAAGGAAACUUUACUGCAAGCACGACUACCAACAGUUAUUUGCGACCAAGUGCAGCGGCUGCAUGGAGAAGAUCGCCCCGACGGAGUUUGUGAUGCGAGCUCUGGAGUGCGUUUACCACCUGAACUGUUUCUGCUGCUGCGUGUGCGAUCGCCAACUCAGAAAGGGCGACGAGUUUGUCCUGAAGGAGGGUCAGCUACUUUGCAAGAUCGACUACGAGAGGGAGAAGGACUUACUCAGCUCAGUCAGUCCAGAUGACUCAGACUCAGAGAAAAGCGAUGAUGAAGAGCUGGACAUCAAACCAGAGAAAGGUAUUGGAAGCCAAGGGAAGGGGGACGAUGGGAAGGAUCCACGGAGACCCAAGAGGCCGCGAACCAUUCUGACCACUCAGCAGAGACGGGCCUUCAAGGCCUCCUUUGAGGUGUCCUCGAAGCCAUGCAGGAAGGUGAGGGAAACACUGGCUGCAGAGACAGGACUCAGUGUUCGAGUGGUCCAGGUGUGGUUUCAGAACCAGAGAGCCAAGAUGAAGAAGUUGGCGAGAAGACAGCAGCAACAACAAGAACAACAGAAUUCCCAAAGGCUCGGCCAAGAGGUGAUGUCUAAUCGGAUGGAGGGGAUGAUGAACUCUUUCACACCGCUGGCUCCGCCACAGCAGCAGCUGGUCGCCAUGGAUCAGAACGGUUACAGCACAGACCCGUUCCAGCAGGGGCUCACACCCCCACAGAUGCCGGGGGACCAUAUGAACCCAUAUGGUAAUGACUCAGCGUUCCAUGAUAUAGACAGUGACACGUCCUUAACCAGCCUCAGCGACUGCUUCAUGGCAUCAUCGGAAGUCAGCUCCAUGCAGGCCCGCGUGGGGAACCCUAUCGACCGCCUCUACUCCAUGCAGAACUCUUACUUUGCAUCGUGAAAAGAGCGGGACUCGAACGCACCAACGCAGAAAUAAACAUCCCAUCUUGGCCCAGGGCACGAUGGAGUUUCUACACUACGACGGACACAGCAGAAGAAACACACACACACACACACACACACACACACACACACACACCUUUCUUUGCAGAAGCUCAUGGUUGUGAGUGGAAGUUUACUGAAAGAUAGUCGAACCACUUGUAGGAGAGAAGAAUCGACGGGAGACUUAAGUAUGGUUAGAGAUUAAUUGGUAGGAUCGCUUAUUCUCUUCUUUGUUUACGUAAACAAGUAUCUAGAAGCCACUGAUUACACUCUCAAACCAAAUAACACAGUGAGUUUAUACAGUGCAUGAUCAAUUGUAAACUAAUACUUUUGUAAGCCCCGCCCCCUUCACCCACCCCGAUUACAAUGUGGUGUUUGGACUGUUUCUUCUUCACACUACAUGGACUGCCAUGAUCAGCGAUAGCAUUUUCGAUCACUUGCCAUAGAUUUAGAUAUUGUGUUAAUAGUAAAUAGAUGCAGCAUGUCUGCAAGAGUGACUGUACAUUUGUGUGUGAGCGUUUGUGAUGAGGAAGAACUGCUUUUAGGAGAAAAUAAAAGUAGGUGGAUGAGUAGGAUCAGUGAACUGUACAUAAUUUCCCCAGGCUAAUUGGAUGUGCAUGUUAAAAACGGAAAGCAUUCUAUUUAUUUAACUAUAACAGGCUCUUGAAGGUACAUAUUAAAAGUGAAAAGCUUUAUUUAAAAAGGAGAGCUUUUUUUGUUUUGUUUUGUUUUGUUUGUUGAACAGUUAGUGAGUUAUUGAGCAUCACAGCUCAUCUGUAUAACAUUUUUAAUAUGAAGAUUAACCUUUUUUUUCUCCUUCAGCCAAGCUGUAAAUGAGCAAAGUUGCUAUUUAUUUCGUACAGACCAUAAAAGCUUUUUGUUGUCAUUGUCCAAUGUGCUUUUCUCAAAAUGUUAAAGUUGCUAAUUGACCAAAGUUGACUGGUUUGAUGAAUAAAUAAUGUCUUUCACCUAAUAACAUGAAAUAAACACCAUCAGUGACCAUUCACAUGGUAAACAUGUCA